AUGUCAUUUCAGUUUCAGUUUGGUACAUCGAAUGCAUCUAAUAGCAACAACUCCACUAGCAAUAGCCGAUCCACGCCUUUUUUUAACUUUACUUCCAACAAUAAAACCGCAUUCAAUGCUCUACCGAGUAACUCGGCGAAAAAUAAUGCUGUUGCUUCAUCUACGAACAACAGCGCAGCGUCAUUGGACAAACAGUUGAAACGUUCCAAAAAAGUGGAUGGUAACAGUAACAGACAUGAUACUGAACUGAAAAACGAGAAUUCCGCCAUGAUAGACAACCUAGAUGAACCUAAGCGAAUAAUACAAAAACAAAAGCCGGACGAAAUUCAAACUUUCACACAGGAAGACAUAGCACUCACGGGCACUCUUUUUACAAAUCCAGAGGCGCUUGGGUUUCGAAAGCAAAAUAAACAUAUACCGUCAAGACCAAUACCGAAAUUCUUUUUCACACAACCCAAAUACUUGACAACAGUGCCGUUUACGCAGAAUGAGUGGGACAAGCAAAAUCAGAUUAAGAUGGAACAAAUGGAGGCAGCAAAUCAAGGAAAGGAUUACCAGGGAUUGUAUGAGGAGCUACAGAAACUCCGUGAAGUUGAAAGAAAAGAAAUGGAGAAACUUGGAUUAGUUGAUGCCGAAAAUAUUGCAAAGAGCUUAAAUGAUGCAAUUGCAUUUCGGGGUUCGUGUUUGGACAUGUGUCCCGUUUUUGAAAGAGUGCGGCGUCAAUUAGAAAACAACGUUAAGAACUUGGAGAAAGAUCCACAAACAAACAAGAUCUCAAAGGAAAGAGCCAUUAAAGCAUUUUCAAGACCUGCUGCAGGACAGCCGCCCCCACUUCCAUCCGAAGUUCGUCCUCCUCACGUUCUUGUAGAAACUUUGGACUAUUUGAUUGAAGAAAUAGUAAACAAAUUACCGGAUGCACAUUCUUUUCUCUGGGACAGAACUAGAUCAAUUAGACAGGACUUUACCUAUCAGAAUAGUUUUGGCCCAGAGGCUGUGGAUUGUAAUGAAAAGAUUGUGAGAAUCCAUUUGCUAUCUCUACAUAUAAUGGCAGGUAGUGAUGUGGAAUACUCUCAGCAACAAGAGUUGGAACAGUUCAACAAAGCCCUCCAAACAUUGAUGGAAAUUUACCAAGAUGUAAGAAAUAAUGGUGGUAAAUGUGCUAAUGAAGCCGAGUUUAGGGCCUACCAUUUAUUGAGUCACAUACGUGAUCCUGAUUUAGAGAGACAAAUACAAAAUCUACCAAAUGAAAUAUAUAAUGCUAGUCACGUUCAAAUAGCACUACAGUUGCGGAAACUUGCAUCGCAGAACAACGUAGUGGAAAGAGGUGUGAAAAACUUGGUUGGUGCUUUGAACAUGUAUGUGGAGUUUUUCAGAACUGUUUAUAACGAACAAACUCCUUUGUUGAUUGCUUGCUUAUUGGAAACCCAGUUCAGCGAGAUAAGAUUUUAUGCAUUAAAAGCGAUGGCUAGGAGUUUCCAUUCAAAAGGCAAAGGAUACCUGCUACUUAUGUUACAAGACGCUUUAGGAUUUGACUCAUCGGAAAAGUUGUUAGCCUUUUUGAAGUAUUAUGAAAUAGAGACAAUUGAACAGAAUGGGGAAGUGUUGGUAGACUUGUUUAAUCAAGAGAAGCUUAAACUACAAUACAAAUUAAACUCAUUUCAAGAAAAACCAAAAUAUCCCCCUGUGUACUCCCGACAAAUUGAUCAAAAGAUAAAUGGACAUGAUCUCAAGCAUUUUAUUACUAGUGGAUUUCCAAAUACUACAUUCAACUUGAAUAGUGAUUCCAAAAAGGCUGUACAACCAUAUCCAUUUGAACAUGAUUUCAAGCCUUCGCCUCUGAUAACACCAACAACAAAAAUAACAGCAGCAGCAGUAGCAGCAACAGCAAAGACCCCUGCUACUUUUCAGUCAAUUAGUAGAUCCAAUGGUGCAUUUCAACCAAACAAAAUCAUGUUCCAGCAGCCAUUGCAAACAACCACUCCACAAUCGGCAAGUGCUUUCCAAUUUGGGGGUGUUGGAGGUUCGAGAACAACAGCACAAGAAAAGAAACAGAACCCUUUGGUAACGACAGCAACAGCAGCAGCAGCAGCAGCAUCUGCUACUCCAAUUUUGACUAAACCAGUAACAAUGAUCACACUGGAUAAACCCGCACCUACAAAAGUUGACUUUCUGUCGUUUUCCAAAUCGUUACCUGGGAAGAGCGAAGACAUGUUUGCCUCAAAAAAGGUGACAUUUAACUCGAUACCCGAGGUUAAGAUAAUCUCAUCUGGAGGAAGUGAAGGUAUUCCUAGUUCUACUUCUUCUUCCCCUCCUCCCCCUCCUCCUCCUUCUCAUCUUUCUGCACAAGAAUCAGGCUUGAUAACAGCAGCAUCCAUUCAAAAAUCACUGGCAGCUGUACCACCUGUCAAGAAAAAGACUCUCAUUGAAAAUUCACAGUUUCCCAAAGCUCUUCGAGACUAUACUGAAGAGAUAUCUAAAAACAUUGCUGAUUCCGAAUUAGAGACAUUUUUGAGAAAAAUUUUUUUUAGUUAUAAGGCACAAGUUGAGCGACGAAGCACUAUUAAAGCUUUAAGUAGCGACUUAUAUUUGGCAUUUCUUUCCGAGGUCAUAUAUGAAUGCACACUGGAGGUAAUUGCAAGGGAGUUUAGCGAUAACUUAUCAAAAAAACACACACUUGAGAAAAUCGUGAGAAAUGCAAGAAGGUGUGUUGAAUCUUAUCGUCAAAGAAAACUAAAGGGACAGGAAUUUAGCGCAGUUUCAUUCACGCGUGGCUCCAAAAGAAGAGUUUCUUCUUCUUCUGUGGUUCUGAGCCACACAGAAGAUUCGAUAAUCAAAAAGAGGCGCCAAAUGUCUAGACCUAUAUCUAAUCUUGAUAUAAGCAAGAAACGAAAGGAAAUGAAGGAACUUUGGUCGCCAUUGGAUUUAAAAAAAUUCAUUGAUGCUUGUGCAGAUGGUAUUCAAUUGAAGAUUGAUGAAGAUAAUUUAGAGUUGACAUGUUUGUUGGUUGUUGAAGACUGGCAGUCUCUGUAUUCUCAAUGGUUGAAUUCCAAAUUCUCCUUAAGAGCCAAUAUGAAAUCUUUAGUAUACGAGGGUCACGCUAACAAUGACAAAAUCGAACUUUCAAUCACUAGCUUACCUGGUAAGAAACAGUUUAACAAAGAAUUUUUCAGCAAAUGUUCGUUUAUCCUUUUUGAAUUUGGAUUAACGACAUUUGAUUCCGGGAAAAAAACUAUUCAUGAGAAGUUGGCAUUGGAUUACAAGGUGCUAAAAAAUAUACUUUCAUGGGUUGAUAAAUACAGCUACUACAAGGUUCAUAUUAUUAUCUUGCUCUGGGAUAUCAGUGACUCGGGCAUUUCAAGUGCUGAGGCAAUAUCUGAAUUAAAAUUGACAAAGUUCUUGGGUUCUCGAAAUGUAAAAGAUGUUGUGUUUUGCAACAUGUCAUCUGAAAAAGGAACCAUUAACGAUAUUUUCUCUCAGGCAUGGUAUAAGAUUGCUCACGACUUCAAUGCUGAGUUGACAUUACGGGGCCAAAGACAUACGGACAAGUUGCGAAAACUCAAGAAUAUAAACCUAGAAGAAGAACAUCAACGCCAAAGAAGGAGGGAAGAAAUAUCUGGAUCCAACAAUAUUAAGCAAUUAGAAUCGGAGAUGCUAAAUCGCGCCAAAAGACUCCGCGCAUUUGAAAAUCUAACUUCUACGGCAGGAACAAGACCAAGACCAAGCCUAAACCCAAGCCUAAACCCAAGCGCAAACCCACUACCAAGACGAGCCUCAAAUCAACUUUCCAAUUCAAGCGCAAUAGUAAACAAGUCAAUUGCACAAAUAAUAAGUCAGCGAAACAAUAGAUCAAAUGUGACUCUGGCAAGCAGCAACUCGACAUUCUUCAACACAACUAUGAUCAAUAGUGCGAAUGGGUCUAUAUUAAAUGGCUUUGGUCGAGGAGUAGUUGAAGAAAGCACUCCGAUAAAUUCUCCUAAAAGGAACUCUAACUCAACACUUGAUUUAAAUCUCUCUUCCAAAGAAAGAAGAGAAAAAUUGAGAGAAACAGUGGCUCUGAUCAAGAACAAAUACAAACGGUCGACUCUUCUGAAAGAAGGAGAUUCUACAGGAUAG